CGUGAGCAACGCCGCCGUGUGAGCGAUCCGGGAGAUCGAUUCGGGCCAAUUUACGGUAGACUUCAAGGGGAAAAGCCGGAGAAACCAAGCCGCCAGAAAGAUGCCGCCCAAGCGGCCCCCACCGCUCGUGCCGAAGAAGCCAAAUCCCAGCAUGAACUACGAGGUGCUGAUCUACCUCAACUCGUUCUACUUCGGCAUGUUCGCCUGCUGUGAGAUGGCCAUGGGCCUCCUGAAGGCCAUCAAUCUCAGCUAUACAGGACAUACGCUGGCCCUGGACACUGGGGUGAUGAUUAGCUUCAUUGUCUUCGAGACGAUCCGCCUGAUAAUGGGACGAAUGAGUUCGCUGGCCGACCGAGGUUGGUCAGCCAUACUGUCGGUCUUUAUGACCGCCCCCUGCUUCGUGGGCGUCUCCUAUCUGCUGCUGAUGCAGACCUACCGACUGCGCCUGGAGUACUGCCUGUGUACGCUGCAGAUUGCACUUUACCUGACCGAGGUGUGGUAUGCCAUCGUCUUCGUUUUCUCGCUGUGUCGUCCAGUAACUUAUGAUUAGUCACAUAGACAGCAACUUCAGCCAACCAGCAACAAAUAUACAUGUGGCGAAUGUUUAGCAAUAUACAAGAUCGGAAACUAAUGAAUAGAAGUGAAGUGAAACAUAAUGAAGUUUAAAAUGCAGUAGGAAGCUGAAUUGCUCAUGGCCGAGGAGAAAACCAAACAGAAACAAAAAAAACAUAUGUAGCAUAUUAAUACUUAUGUAUAGUAAGGUUUAUGAUAACAUACACACACUCUUAUAUACAUAUAUUAAACGGUUUUAUAUACAAAAAUUGUUAACAUGUAAGCAUCAAUUGGAACCAAUAUAAGACAACAAGCAAAAACUUAAACUUGAAUAAUUUUCAAAUUUUUAAGAUGACAAUUUUUUUGUAAAAAAUAUCUAAAACAAAAAAACACCCAAAACAAAUUUAAUGUGUGCAAAUAAUUUAUAAUAGUUCACAGAUAACUCGAAUUCUUAAAAGAAUUGUAAAAAAUAGAAUAUCUCAGAAAAUCUAGUCAAAAACCGAAUCAUGUGAAUUGUGCUUAAGCGAAGCAGUUAGUAGUUUAUACCAAUAUUCAAAGGCAGGAGAACAAGUGUGCAGAACUAAACUAAAUCAAGCCCAGCAAAAGUCUAGACCAUGUGUGUACUUUAAUGAAAAUACUUUAUAUAAAACUAGCAUAUAGCGUAAAUAACAUGUUCAAGACGGUACUAAAACUAAGCCAAACCCAACCCAAGAAAGGGCAAACAAAUAAGCUAAAUCCUAAACAUCCUUAGCGUGUUAAAAACUAGGCAAAAAACCCUCCAUUAAAGUGACGCAAUCUCCUUGCGAAAUUCUUUUCAUUAAUUCUGCCUAUUGGCAACUAAAAACCCCCGGUUAAUCACACUCAAUUAUCCGCGCCUGAAAGGAAUCGAGGAUUCAAAACGCCGCUCCACUAAUGCUAGUCACCAAUAUUCACCAAAGAACGCGUACAAUUUGUAAAACCUUUUUGUGGUUUCAUAGCAAAUUAGCGCACAAACCGAUUGCAAAACUCUCAAAAGUCCACAAAUCUCAUGCUUUUAAAAAAAAAAUUUUAAUUAAACAAAACCGCUGAAAGCUGGAAAAACCAAAGUCACAGCCUAUGUUGAAUGAUUUACUUGUAAAAUAUUUAUGUCAUUUCGUUAAACGCAAAAUGUUAACAUACUUUUAAAGCGCGUGUAAAACGGAUUAGUUAAUAAACAAAAAAUAAAAACCAAAA